UGCGCUGCUUUUCUCCUUCCGAGAUCUCAACACUUGUAUAGAUGAACUAAGGGCAGCUGUCCUCGAAGCCCACACAACGGCAGGCCCUCUGUACCUAUGUUCAAGAAGGGUGAUCCAGCGUUCAAUCAUGCAGCAUUUGAUUUCCUGAACAUCAUGUCCAACUAUCCCGACGGGAAAGAGUUGAUUAGAGUAGCCAAGAUUCCCAUAUUCCGCGCCAUAGUGGCGGCCUUGGACCACCAGAAGUGGGACUCACAGAAGAACGCUGCAACAGCACUUCACACUCUUGUAGGGAUUCGGGAUUCUUCUUUUGAAACAGAAUUUGUCACACAAGAAUUUCGAUCGGUCAUCUUGGAAGAAAUCUCGCACAUACUGAAAUUGUUGGCGCAUGAUCGGUCUUUCCGUGUUGUUGGCGGUGCAGCGGCUCUUUUGGCACUAUCUGAUGACGAAAUCAUACGGGCUUUUGUGCGAGAGCACAAAGAUUUUAAAUCGGCCAGAAGCGAGCAUUUCGCGAAGAACAAAAAACUACAGUAUCAUGGCUCAGACCCACGGGAAGAGGACGUCCACAGGAUGCUUGACACGUUGUAUGCGGCCAUGGAGGAAAGCCCUAACCGUCGCGGCGUCCUAAAGUUCCCAGAGGUGCACCCAAUGCCUGCCCGCAGUCGCUUGGUCACUUCCCUAGCGAUUUUAUCUUGCAUCUUUUACAUUCCUUGCGGCCUUACAGCCAUGCUGGCCGGGUUCGCGAUCGAUGAGGCGGAAAAGUAACUCGCGUGCACAUGAUUACAGAGUCUUGAUAACGAUUGAUAUAUCAGAA